ACAAUAACUUUGAUUUUUUACUUUUUUUUAUUUUUUUACUUCAUGUCUGUAUGUUGUAUUACUCAUUUAUUUGCAUUCCACUAUGGAAUCUCUUUAAUGGAACUGCUUUAAAAAAAGUUGCCAUUUUAAUUUCAUUUUGCCAGCACCGAUGCCAAAUAACUAAGCUAUCUAAUGCAUGUGUUUGAAGAAGGACCCAUUCUAAAUAACGAGUUGGUAGUCAGUAGUUUAAACACUUUCUGACUGCUCAUUAAUUGUGCAGACCCGGUGUUUUCGGAUAGUGUUAAACAAUGGCUAGCUCGAAGGAACAUGACGACUGCAGAGUUUAGAUUUAUUUUCUGUUCUUUUAAUACUCAAGGCAAUAGGAACAACAGUAUCUCUUUUGACCCACUUUUUUAAGCGUAAAACGGGAGCUUCUUUCCUCGUCGCCGAACGCCUACACUCCACUUUCGAGGGCACGAUGGUUGCUUUCAAUCUGGACGUUCUGUUGCCGCUCGGAGUAAACCCUCGCGGACGUGUUUAAGGUUGGAGGUGAGAGUUGCGCGGCCAGCCCCUCGACCCGGGAUAGCAAGAGUUAAAAACGCCGCCAGUGUGCUGGAGCCCGAUGGUGGAGCUGCCGCGAAGCACCCCUCCUCAGAACCCCGCAGCUAUGUCUUCCUUCACGCGCAGAUACAAGAGUCAGUCGCAAGAAUGGAGGAACACAGAUCCAAAUGUAGACGCUAACGCAACGCCCGGAGUUUGUCUUCAGGACUGACAGAAUUUUGCCAAUCGAAAGAAAGAAAGUGGACGAACUCUUCCGUAGGGAUGAAUAAAUCCGGAUCUCGGUCGACUUGCUCGCUUCCCCCUGAGCCGGUGGACAUACUUCGUAGCAAGUCGUGUUCCCGCCGUGUGAGGCUCAAUGUCGGUGGUCUUCUGCACGAGGUUCUGUGGAGAACGCUGGACAGGUUACCCCGCACGAGAUUGGGUAAACUACGAGACUGCAACACGCAUGAUUCCAUAAUGGAGAUAUGCGACGAUUAUAAUUUGGAGCAGAACGAAUAUUUCUUUGACAGACACCCGGGGGCAUUCACUUCUAUUCUGAAUUUUUACCGCACCGGAAAGUUACACAUGAUGGAGGAGAUGUGUGCUUUGUCUUUCAGCCAAGAACUGGACUACUGGGGAAUCGACGAGAUUUACCUGGAGUCCUGUUGCCAAGCUCGCUAUCAUCAGAAAAAAGAACAAAUGAACGAGGAGCUUAAACGCGAAGCCGAGACUUUGAGGGAAAGAGAAGGAGAGGAAUUUGAUACCUCGUGCUGUGCAGAUAAGCGAAAGAAACUUUGGGAUCUUCUAGAGAAGCCAAGUUCAUCACUUGCAGCAAAAGUCCUGGCCAUCAUCUCCAUUCUGUUCAUUGUGCUGUCGACCAUUGCCUUGUCCCUGAACACCCUUCCAGAGCUGCAGGACACAGAUGAGUUUGGGCAGAGUACAGACAACCCCCAACUGGCCCACGUGGAGGCCGUGUGUAUCGCUUGGUUCACCAUGGAGUACCUGCUGCGCUUUCUCUCCUCGCCCAGCAAGUGGAAGUUCUUCAAGGGCCCCCUGAACAUCAUCGAUCUGCUGGCCAUCCUGCCCUACUAUGUCACCAUCUUCCUGACAGAGUCCAGCAAGAGCGUUCUGCAGUUCCAGAACGUGCGACGGGUGGUGCAGAUCUUCCGGAUAAUGCGCAUCCUGCGCAUCCUCAAGCUUGCACGCCACUCCACUGGGCUGCAGUCCCUGGGGUUCACCCUGCGGCGGAGCUACAACGAGCUGGGGCUCCUCAUCCUCUUCCUGGCCAUGGGCAUCAUGAUCUUCUCCAGCCUGGUCUUCUUUGCUGAGAAGGACGAGGAUGGCACCAAGUUCAAGAGCAUCCCAGCCUCUUUUUGGUGGGCCACUAUUACCAUGACCACAGUGGGAUAUGGGGACAUCUACCCAAAGACCCUCUUGGGGAAGAUUGUGGGGGGACUGUGCUGCAUUGCUGGGGUGCUGGUGAUCGCCCUGCCCAUCCCCAUCAUUGUCAACAACUUCUCUGAGUUCUACAAAGAGCAGAAGAGGCAGGAGAAAGCCAUUAAGCGAAGGGAGGCCUUGGAAAGGGCCAAAAGGAAUGGCAGCAUUGUGUCCAUGAACAUAAAGGAUGCAUUUGUCCGCAGUGUGGAGCUCAUGGACGUGGUGGUGGCACAAAAUGGGGAGAGCAUGGAGAUGGGGGCAAAGGUUCAGGACAACCACCUAUCCCCCUCCCGUUGGAAGUGGGCGGCUAAGCGCAUGACCAUGGAGACCAGCUCCAAGUCUUUAAAUGAGAAGGAGCCAACGUCACCAAGCAAGGCCCAGCCCUCCAGCCCACAGCACCUCAAUGUCCAGAAGCUGGAGGAGAUGUACAAUAAAAUGUCCAAGUCCCAGUCCCAUCCCAACCUCAACAGCAAAGACAGAGGGGACCCCUCAAAAGCAAAUAAGAAGAGAGAUGAGAUGGAGAUGGGCAGUAUUCCGGGGCCUACAGGCCCACCGCCAGCCACACCUGGGGGCAUAGCAGACAUGAGGAGCAUGUCCAGCUUAGACAGUUUUAUUAGCUGUGCAACAGACUUCCCAGAAACCACCCGCUACACACACAGCCCAGCCUCCAGCCAUCCUGUGCGGGUCAGCACCAGUCCCGGGCUCGAGACCACCCUGGAGCAUGAGCCCAUGUUGACUGCGUGUGACAUUUCCAAGCUGGGUGCCAUCUUGGAGGCUGGCUCCAAGCUUGGGGGCUCCUCACGGCACAGCUUCUUUUCGGAUAGUCCCCGAGGCUCACGAUUCAGCAACCUGCUCAAGUCACGCUCCUUUAAGGCCAAGCUCCGGGCAGCGGCGGCAGCUGGCCCCUCCUCCUCCUCUGUGCAAGGAGGUGGCAAUGCUGCCCUCUCUGACAUCUCUGCCUUCUCUGACCACUCCCUCCUGAGCCCCGAGGUGUCUGUCUACACCACGGCCAGCAGCAGGACCCCGCCCAGAUCCCCGGAGAGGCUGACGCCUGCCAUCUUCACCUUCCACGACGCGUCCAUCAGCAAGUAUAUCGACGCUGACACAGACGAGGAAGAGCAUCUGCAAGACGGCUCUGACUCCAGCCCUUCCAAGCGUCUCCUUAGAAACACCAGCCCCAAGUUCAGUGUAAACACUGGCCAUCAGCGGGGUGCCAACCACCUGGAGGUGGCCCAGAAGAGGCUGGGGCAGAACUGCAUGUUUCCACAGGAGGGACGGCCACGCAGUCGGCAGGAGAACCACAUGACCCAGGGGGAGAGGACCCGUUCCAGCAGCUACAAUGACAGAAUCUGAGCCAGGAUGUCCUGUGUUCAAAGAGCGAACUGAAGCAAGAUGGGUGAGUGACACUGGGGGAAAAAAAAUGAAGAAAGAGUAACACAAACACCAGGAGCUUUAACUGCAUGGCAUGAAAAGCUUCUAAAUAAGCCAUUGACAUGUAAACAAGGCUCAAUAAUAAUAUCUGCUGGCUUCAGUGAAGACCAAGCAAGUCUGUGCAGUGAUUGACAGGAGCUUUGGGAGACUCAUGUGAUCCCUCUAUUUUUCUUUCUGUAAAGUGAGCAGUGUUGUGUGCUGUCUGACGGCAUCCCAGUCAUGGGGGUGAGGCCUGGAGAAAGGCAGGGCCAAUAGUGGGCUUGUGGGACAGGAGAAUAAAGCAGAGAGAGCAUGUCAGUGAGUCACAGACAGAGAUAUAGUUUUCAUGGAUGGAACACUUGGCCACCGUCACCCUGCCUUGUCCAAUCACGUAAUGUAGAUUUAGGCACUAUUGAACAGACUGAGCGAGAAAAAAUUUGCUGUUUACUUCCUAGAGGUUUUUUUCCUUUCAAACUGGCCUUAGUUAUAUGCAUGUAUGUGUAUACAUAUGGUGUAUUUGUGUGUGCAUAUAUAUAUAUAUACUGUAUGUAUGUAUAUAUGUAUAUACAUGUGUGUACAUAUAGGUACAAUGAUAAAUUAAGAGAAGAGAAAAAAUGCAUUGAAAUACACACAAAUACACUCUAGUAUAUGUACAUAUGCAGUAAUUAGCUGCAUCUUUUCUAAAGCAAAAGCAGAAAAAUAUCUAUAUCUGCAUUUUCUUUGUUACUUCAUAACCAUUUGGUUUCAUCAUAUUUGAGGAGUAUAUUUUUUGGGGAAAUGUAGAUAGGAUGACCUCUCUUAUUCCAGUUCAGUCUUGAUCUAAUCCCUGCAUGUGAGAACUACUUUGGCAUUUUCUGUACAUAUUUGAAAUUUGUUUUGUUUAUUUUCUAAUUUACUUGUAUUGGUGUUAUUCUUUUUUCCAACUCCAGUUUACAUAAUUUAAAUGCUGCAUCAGAAUCAGGAUAGACAGGAUAAAAUAGCCUCAUAAACUGUCUAUGUAUGUGCUAUACACACACACACACAUACAUACACAAACACACCUCACCACACCACACACACAUAUACACACACAGCAUGCCACAC